AUGGCGUGCUUCCACUUGCCAUCUCGCCUUCCCUCAAUUCCACUCCACCACCAAUCUGGUCACCACCUGAUUCUCAAAUCUUGUGACGAACUUCCAUCCAAGGAGUGGGAGUGCAAGGUGUGCUCUCUCGACUCAAGUGGGCUGUUCUACGCUUGUACGGAAUGCAACUUCAUAGCAGACAUCAAGUGCGCUUCUCUGCCGGCCACCAUAUAUCACACGGCUCACCCACAACAUCCCCUCCACUUUCAAUCUGGCGGGGGAGUAGUAACUUACUGUGAUGCUAUGUGUGGUGAAAUCACAUACAUUUAUGGCUGUUACGCGUGCGGCAGCUGUGAGUUCAUUGUGCACGUUCGAUGCGCUGUACUGGCAGCAUCAAUCACCAGCCGUAGAUGGGACAAGCACCACCCGCUGCUAUUGACGUACGACGCCAAUCUCAACCAUCAAGGUGAAUCAAUCUACUGCGAUGCAUGUGAAACAGCAGAAACGAAUCCUAAGAGGUGGAUGUAUCGUUGCCGCCACUGCGAUCUAUCCAUCCAUCCCCGCUGCUUGAAAUCCACAUCCGGUGCCUAUAGAAACAUCAAGUUCGGAGACAAGUAUGUGAUUAAUGAUGCGGCACUUCACCCACCACACCCUCUCGCCUAUCAACUUCUCCCAAAACGCCGCUGCGACCUUUGUCAUCGGGAUAGGUAUGAAUGGCGAGGAUUUCAGUGUGCAUCAUGCAACUUCUGCGUUUGUUUAUACGACUGCGGCGAAAAAAUGCUCAAUAAUGGAAAAAUGAAGGCCGUGGAGUGA